UCUGCCGCUGUGCUCAGAAGCUGAAUUGGAGCAUUGUGGGUUUUGUUGUCGACAGAGCGUCUCCUUGCCGUGCAGACAUACAGAAGCAGGAUGCAGUUGGUGAGCACUUUGGGGCUUUUUUUGACCUUGCUGCAUCUUUCCACCUCACUGCUGCUGGGAGCCUUCAACAUCAGAUCCUUUGGGGACACCAAAGCCUCCAACACCACUCUGAUGAAUAUCAUCAGCACGGUUUGGAACAUUUUGUCUGUGAAGAGCUUCACUCUGAUCCCCCAGCACACUUCUCCAGACUUCGCUGUGCAGGAACUAAAUGCUCUCUAUGAUGUGGUGGCCGAUGUCCGCAAUCGCUGGAAAACCAAUGACAUUGUGCUGCUAGGUGACUUCAAUGCAGGUUGUAAUUAUGUAUCCGGGUCUGACUGGCAGCAGAUCAGCAUCUUCACUGACAAGAGUUUCCACUGGCUGAUCACCGAUGAGGCCGACACCACAGUGACACACACUAACUGCCCUUAUGACAGGAUUGUGGUUACCACUGACAUGAUGAAUGGAGUGGUGAAAGGCAGCGCUGAGGUGUACAACUACACGACAGAGCUGAAUCUCAAGCAGGAUCUGGCGCUGGCUGUAAGUGACCACUUCCCUGUGGAGGUGAAGCUGAUUGGUCAGCCUCCUGCUGCUUGAAUCGUGACUUCCACAAGCUUUCCACACAUCACGCUCAAUCUGCAGUCAGCGUAAGGAUCAUUCAGUUGGAGGACUACUG